AUGGUAAAAGCCGUCAAAGGUGUCUUACUAGAGUGUGAUAGUACAGUAAAGCAAAUCGUACUCAACUUGAAUAAAAGAGGAAAUUUCGUAAUUGAAGACUUGGACGACACCCAUUUAUUCAUUGAAGCUUCUUGGGUUGACCAAUUAAAAUACGAAUUAGACAAAAUCUUGGACGAAAACUCUUACACCAUUUCAGUUGACGAAAGGGAUUCAAAGAAAAACUAA